UAUCCAUCCACACACACACAACAACAACAACAACAACAACAACAACAGCAACAACCAUACCCUACUUUUCUCUUUUCUUUCUCUCUCUCUCUCUCUCUUUCUCUUUCUCUUUCUUUUUCUUUUUCUUUUUUUACUUCUUUCUUUGUGUUCCUGGUCCUUGCUGCAUUCCACUCCAAACUAUUGAUCAUACUACAACCCCCUUACGCCUAUUCUUUAACGAUAUCACAAACGAAAAAAAAAAAAAAAGAGACCCAAAUAAGCUAAACUCCUACAAUGGAUCAUAAUUCUAUGGAGACCUACUUUGGUCUCAUUAGGACCCCACAAGAUGCACUCAUUAUCUUUGAAGCCUGUCGCCUAGGUCGUCUCUCUCGUGUGCACCGCCGUCUGUCCGACAUUGAGCGUCAGUGCGUCCGUUCAGGUUCCGUCUACUGCUUUGAUGAGCGUGAAGCCGGCAUGAGACGCUGGACCGAUGGCAAGAGCUGGAGCCCCAGCCGUGUCACCGGCAGCUUCUUGACCUAUCGUGAGCUCGACGAUUCACAGGGCAACCAUACCGGCAAGAACGUCUAUCGUGAUAAAGGUCUACUCAAGCAAUCAUUCAGCAUCACCACCGUUGAUAAUCAAAAGCUCCAUCUCAUCUCCUACUUUACCAAUGAUGAUGUCCACAGUGAGCGUCUGCGCAUCACACCCUCUACCGACCCACGCUUUGCCGACAUCAUGGUCCCAAAGGGUAUCUAUCCAGAGACCCCCUCCGUCACCUCCGCCACAGCAGAACCUACCCUUCCUACUGUCCAGCAGUCCAGUCCAUCCCCGAAUAUGCCCUACCGCAACCGACAGCGUCCUCAACAAAGACCCAACCAGGAAGAAGAGGACCCGUCAUCAUUGCGGGCUGAUGCCAAGGCAGGACCUCAUCAUCAUCGUCGUAGCGACUCUUCUUCAUCCAUGCAUUCGUCCGGCCAUCGUCGAACCAACUCUGGCUCCCACAGCCUGAGGGAACAUCGCUAUUCCCCGAUCCACCUUCCCGAGGGAAAGCAUCUCGGCCUCCGUUCACGAUCAAACAGUAAUCUAGCCAUCCAUUCUUCUUCAGUCCCAAGGAACGGCCUGCAUGGACAGCAGCGAUAUAAAUCCUCCAGCCCCGGUGCCAAUUCCUUCCCUUCUCCCGGCCACUCACCCGUCGCUUCCUGGGCCUCUGACGAUGAGCAACCUUUGACGACCGAUGUUACCAUGGCUGAGCCCAAGGAUCAUUUUACAGCCGAAAAUGUUGCACCCAUCAUGAUCCCAGCCCUUCGUGAGUUGGCUCCUGUCCACCAUCCAUAUGAGAACAACACCAAAGAUCGCUCAAGUCUUCAUGAGCAGGAUUCUCUCUCAGUCCUGGCAAAUUUAGCAACCCAUACAUUGCUUCUCCCUAAACUUGAGCCAAAGGAGAUCUCACGCGAGAAAACUCGAUGGGUCGAGGACGAUCGUCAAUUGCGCGCCCUGUCCUCAAUGCUGCGCCUUUAAAUUUUGGUUUGUUCACUGAGGACUCUUUUAUUUUUCAAGUGUUGAUCAUUUGUUCAUAUCUGGGAACUUGUCUAUACACGUGCUACAGGUUUACUUUUUCCUUCACUUCCUUCACUUUCAUCUAUCGAACCUAUUGUACCAUAGAGCCUUCUUACAUUUCGUAACAUUGGAAUCAUUGUAUCCUAUGUUUCUGUAUCAUACCUUUUCAUACACUGCACCCU